UCCACAAUAAAUCGAGUGACGCGAUAUUCCUCUUUUUCGACUGUUUUAUUUAUGUUUACUAGUAUUCUAGAGUACGUUAAUAGGAGCGUCUUAGAUCGGAACAUUAUAAACUAUGAGCGCAAUGGCCGAAGAAUUCGAAGAAGAGGGUUGGAUGAAUCGCGGUAACCAACACGGCGAGGAAGAGGCUGAUGGACAUGAUGAGCCACUGGAAAAUCCUCAAGAGGUACUCACAGAAUGCCUGGGGAAGUUUGCUACGUCUGAUUACAUUAUGGAACCGGGAAUAUUUGCUCAACUCAAACGAUAUUUUCAAGCCGGCGGAACCCCGGAGCAAGUCAUCAAUCAACUAUCAGCAAAUUAUACUGCUGUAGCUCAGAUGGCAAAUCUGCUAGCUGAAUGGCUUAUUCUAGCUGGAGUUCGCGUCACCGAUGUCCAAGCUAUGGUUGAAAAUCACCUAAAAGAUAUGAUCCUAAAAACGUUCGAUCCUAAGAAAGCAGAUAAAAUUUUCACCGAAGAGGGAGAAACUCCGGCGUGGUUGACGGAAAUGAUAGAACAUCAUACAUGGAGAUCACUGAUUUAUCGGUUGGCAGAAGAGUAUCCGGAUUGUCUUAUGUUGAAUUUUACCAUCAAAUUGAUUUCCGACGCUGGGUUCCAGAGCGAAAUAACAUCAAUUUCCACGGCAGCUCAGCAAAUUGAAGUGUUUUCGCGCGUACUGAAAACAUCAAUUGCUAAGUUUUUAAACCACCCCGAAGACUGGCAGAGUGCGAUUCACGAAUGUGCCAAAAUGGUUUGCCACGGUCAGCAUACUUACGUUUACAGUCAGGUAUUGAUCCAGGUUCUCUCACAGGAACCGAAGGGAGGUUUUAUCAUGAAACGACUGGCACAAGAAAUUACAAAAUAUGCGCUCAAGAAUAACCACAAUGUUACCCCUAUCACGAUGGCUCUGAAUGGUUCGGCUCGACAUCCGCAAGCUUGCGAAGCUUUAACUUCUAUGUUGACAAGGAAUGCAUUAAAUCCCGCUGAUAUUACAGUGCUUUAUCGUAAUUAUUCAUCACCGGAGCCACCGCCAAUCGAUCUCAUUCGUAAUCCACAAUUUCUGGAUUUGUUAGUCGAUUCCCUCUUCAAGGUAGGGGUAAAGAUCAAUCAGGAGCACAAGUCCAAGUACAUCUAUCUGCUGGCGUAUGCGGCUAGUGUUUGUGAAACAUCCGGAAAGAAAAGUCAGCCAAAAGGUCAACGAACCACCAACAAAGAUGAACUGAAACCGACCAUUCAGGCCGUUGAGAAAGUUCACGCUAUUUGCAACGUAAAUCGAGGAUCAACCGAAUUGAUUGCUGAAAUUUCUACCCUAUAUAACUGCAUUCGCUUUCCAGUCGUCGGAGUUGGUGUGAUCCGUUGGGUGGAAAAUACUGUCACCGAACCAUCCUAUUUUAAACUGUGUACCGAAAGCUGUCCCCUUCACUUGGCACUUUUGGAUGAGGUCGCUUGUGUUCAUUCCUCCCUGCACGACCAGAUUCUUCGACUGUUGAUUCAAUUGUUUGAAUCCAAACAAGAUGAGCUGGAGAUUUUGGUUCAACUCGAAAUGAAGAAAAUGUUGCUGGACCGCAUGGUAAACUUGUUGGCUAGAGGAUGCGUGGUGCCUGUCGUGAAGUAUAUCCGGCAGUGCUGCACACGUGGCGACACGGAUAUAUCGUUGAUAAGAUAUUUCGUGACGGAAGUAUUGGAAACUAUCACGCACCCAUACUCGCCGGAGUUUGUGCAGUUAUUUUUACCGAUGGUGGAAAACGAAGAAAUCACUGGUUCGAUGCGAGGCGAAGGCGAUAACGAUCCGGUGUCAGAAUUUAUUGUUCAUUGUAAGGCUCAUUACACAACAAUUUAAACUAUGGUAAGUGAAUAAAAAAAUGCGAAUAUUUCAUUGGACAGAGAACGGUUUAUUUUACGAAAGCACUAAAUAAUUUAUU